AUGGCUUGCUCCAUCGUGGACCAGAAGUUUCCUGAGUGUGGUUUCUAUGGAUUGUAUGAUAAGAUCCUGCUCUUUCGCCAUGAUCCUACCUCUGAAAACAUUCUUCAGCUGGUGAAAACCGCUAGUGAUAUCCAGGAGGGAGAUCUUAUUGAAGUGGUCUUGUCAGCUUCUGCCACCUUUGAAGACUUUCAGAUCCGGCCCCACGCCCUGUUUGUUCAUUCGUACAGAGCUCCAGCUUUCUGUGAUCACUGUGGAGAAAUGCUGUGGGGGCUGGUGCGCCAGGGCCUGAAAUGUGAAGGGUGUGGUCUGAAUUACCAUAAGAGAUGUGCAUUUAAAAUCCCUAACAAUUGCAGUGGAGUGAGACGGAGAAGGCUCUCGAAUGUGUCUCUCACUGGACUCAGCACUGUCCGCACAUCAUCUGCUGAGCUCUCCACCAGUGCCCCUGAUGAGCCUCUGCUGUCUCCUGUGAGCCCUGGCUUCGAGAAGUCACCAUCAGAGUCGUUUAUUGGUCGAGAGAAGAGGUCGAACUCUCAGUCGUACAUUGGAAGGCCAAUUCAGCUCGACAAACUUUUGAUGUCUAAGGUGAAGGUGCCGCACACCUUUGUCAUCCACUCCUACACCCGGCCCACUGUGUGUCAGUACUGUAAGAAGCUGCUGAAGGGCUUCUUCAGGCAGGGCUUGCAAUGCAAGGAUUGUAGAUUCAACUGUCACAAGCGCUGUGCACCAAAAGUUCCAGACAACUGCUUGGGAGAAGUGACCAUCAACGGAGAUUUGCUGAGUCCUGGGGCGGAAUCUGAUGUUGUCAUGGAAGAAGGCAGUGACGGUGAUGACAGCGAAAGGAACAGUGGGCUCAUGGAUGACAUGGAAGAGGCCAUGAUCCAAGACACUGAGAUGGCCCUGGCAGAAGGCCAGAGCGACAGUGGGGAUAUGCAGGAUCUAGACGCAGACCAGGAGGAUUCCAACAGAACCAUCAGCCCAUCUACAAGCAACAACAUUCCUCUCAUGAGGGUGGUGCAGUCUGUGAAGCACACGAAGAGGAAAAGCAGCACAGUCAUGAAGGAAGGCUGGAUGGUCCAUUACACCAGUAAGGACACACUGAGGAAAAGGCACUAUUGGAGACUGGACAGCAAGUGUAUCACACUCUUCCAAAAUGACACGGGAAGCAGGUACUACAAGGAAAUUCCUUUAUCGGAAAUUUUAUCUCUGGAACCAGCAAAACCUUCAGCUCUAAUCCCUAGUGGAAGUAAUCCUCACUGUUUUGAAAUCACUACAGCAAACGUAGUAUAUUAUGUGGGAGAAAAUAUGGUCAAUCCCUCCAGCCCCCCACCAAACAACAGCGUGCUGACCAGUGGCAUCGGUGCAGAUGUGGCCAGGAUGUGGGAGAUGGCCAUCCAGCACGCUCUCAUGCCUGUCAUUCCCAAGGGCUCUUCUGUCGGUUCAGGAACCAACUCACAUAACGAUCUUUCAGUGAGCAUUUCAGUAUCGAAUUGCCAGAUCCUAGAAAAUGUGGACAUCAGCACAGUUUAUCAGAUUUUUCCUGAUGAAGUUCUGGGUUCUGGACAGUUUGGAAUUGUUUAUGGAGGAAAACAUCGUAAAACAGGAAGAGAUGUAGCUAUUAAAAUUAUUGACAAACUAAGGUUUCCAACGAAACAAGAAAACCAGCUCCGUAACGAGGUUGCGAUUUUACAGAACCUUCAUCACCCUGGCGUUGUAAAUUUGGAGUGUAUGUUUGAGACGUCUGAAAGAGUGUUUGUUGUUAUGGAAAAACUGCACGGAGACAUGCUGGAGAUGAUCUUGUCAAGCGAACAGGGCAGGUUGCCAGAGCACGUAACCAAGUUUUUAAUUACUCAGAUUCUAGUGGCCUUGCGGCAUCUUCAUUUUAAAAAUAUCGUUCACUGUGACCUCAAGCCAGAAAAUGUGUUGCUGGCAUCAGCCGAUCCAUUCCCUCAGGUGAAACUUUGUGAUUUUGGCUUUGCACGAAUCAUUGGAGAGAAGUCUUUCCGGAGGUCCGUGGUGGGUACCCCAGCCUAUCUGGCACCUGAGGUUCUGAGGAACAAGGGCUAUAAUCGCUCCCUAGACAUGUGGUCUGUUGGGGUCAUCAUCUAUGUGAGCCUAAGUGGUACCUUCCCGUUCAAUGAAGAUGAAGACAUCCACGAUCAGAUUCAGAACGCAGCCUUCAUGUAUCCGCCAAAUCCCUGGAAGGAGAUCUCUCAUGAAGCCAUUGAUCUUAUCAAUAAUUUGCUGCAAGUGAAAAUGAGAAAGCGUUAUAGUGUGGACAAAACCUUGAGUCACCCCUGGCUACAGGACUAUCAGACAUGGUUGGAUUUACGAGAACUGGAAUGCAAAAUCGGAGAACGCUACAUCACCCAUGAAAGCGAUGAUUCGAGGUGGGAACAGUAUGCAGGCGAGCAGGGGCUGCAGUACCCCACACACCUGGUCAAUCCAAGUGUUAGCCACAGCGACAGUCCGGGGGCUGAAGAAGGAGAGAUGAAAGCCCUCAGUGAGCGUGUCAGCAUCCUCUGAGUUCCAUCCCCUCUAAUCUGUCAAAACACUGUGGAAUUAAUAAAUACAUACGGUCAGGUUUAACAUUUGCCUUGCAGAACUGCCAUUAUUUUCUGUCAGAUGAGAACAGAGCUGUUAAACUGUUAGCACUGUUGAUGGAUCUGAGUUGCCAAGACAAAUCAACAGAAGCAUUUGUAUUUUGUGUGACCAACUGUGUUGUAUUAACAAAAGUUCCCUGAAACACUAAACUUGUUAUUGUGAAUGGUUCAUGUUAUAUUUAAUGCAUUAAACCUGUCUCCAGUGUGCCUUUACAAAUCAGUGUUUUUCUUCCCGGAGCCACAUUUUGGUAAGAGACAGAAGAUAUCCAUGAAGUUUUUUUCCGUUCGGUGUGCCCCAUUGAUGGCGGUGUUGUAAGCAAACUCUUGAAGAGUAGACAGUUACCAGUGUUCUGUGAACAACUCCAAACACACAGGGGAGACAUGAAAGCUGCGGAGUGGGCAUUUCCUAAGUGCAAAUGAAUGAAAAGGGCUUUGCUGUGUGGUUUCAAAUCCUUUGCCUGCCCGGUGUGCCCGGUAUACUUAAACUCAAGUAAGUGCAUCUGCAGGUAUGUGGAGCCUGCUGCACAUAAGCCUAAAUGCCUUAGAAAUGGAAACUGCUCUGUUCCCCCUUUCUUACAGUCCCUGCUGUACUAUGGAAAACCAGCCACUAAGCAAACUUUGGCCUUUUGUGUAUUUUUCAAUAAUAAGAAAUAAAUAUUCUUGUCAAAA